AUCAACUACCACAUGAACAUGGCUUCACCUCAUUUCUUCCUCCUUCAGCUCCUACUUACUUUUUUCUUUCUCUCUUUAGCUUUUGGAGCCACUCUACCAGAAGAUGAAGUGCAAGCUUUGAAAGACAUAGGUGAGAUUCUUGGGAAGAAGGAUUGGGAUUUCAGCGUUGAUCCAUGCAGUGGAGAACGCAAUUGGACAUCGCAAACUAAAGUGAGAGGGACAGAAAAUAAUGUCACCUGUGAUUGCUCCUUUGAGAAUGCCACAAUCUGCCAUGUUACUAACAUACUUUUGAAAGUACAAAAUCUCCGAGGCACUCUCCCAGUAGCAUUGGUUAGAUUGCCGUACCUUCAAGAAAUUGAUCUUAGUCGCAAUUACCUGAAUGGGACAAUUCCUCUGGAGUGGGGCUUAUUGAAUCUUGUCCGCAUUUCUCUGAGUGCUAAUCGACUAACGGGUUCAAUCCCCCCAGAGCUAGCAAACAUCUCCACUCUCCAAAGUUUGAGCCUCGAAUUCAACCAACUCUCUGGAAAUCUUCCUAGUGAGCUUGGGAAUCUUCCAAAUAUUCAAAGAUUGCUACUUACCUCCAACAAUUUUACUGGAGAGUUGCUUGCAACAUUUGCAAGACUCUCUACUUUGCAGGAUGUUCGACUAGGGGAUAACAAGUUCUCUGGAAGCAUACCCGAUUUUAUUCAAAGCUGGACAAGUCUCCAGAAACUAGUGAUUCAAGGAACUGGAUUAAGUGGGCCAAUUCCUUCUGGAAUUUCACUACUUGAAAGUUUAACAGAUUUGAGAAUUAGUGAUAUAGAGGGAUCAGACUAUUUUCCUUUUCCCCAACUUAACAAUCUGGCAAAUUUGGAAAUUCUAAUUCUGAGGAGUUGCAAUAUCAAUGGAACAAUACCUGAAUAUCUGGGGACUAUGUCUAAUUUACAAACCUUAGACCUCAGCUUUAACAGAUUAAGUGGACAAAUCCCAAGCAGCUUUGAGUAUGGCCUAAGAAAGACAGAUUAUAUAUAUUUAACAGGAAACAUACUCACGGGACCUGUACCUGCAUGGGCCGAAAAAGACAAAAAUGUAGAUCUUUCGUACAAUAACUUUAGCAUGGAAAACUCAGGGCAGCAGCCAUGUCAACGGGGAAAUGUGAACUUGUUUGCAAGCUCCUCGGUGGACAAUAGCUCAGAAUCCGUUUCAUGUUUAAAAAGUGUUGCCUGUCCUAAAAAAUCAUACUCUCUUCACAUAAAUUGUGGUGGAAAGCAAGUAACUGUGGAUGGAAAUGAAACAUAUGAUGAGGAUACAGAUAAUGCAGGACCAGCUAGAUUCCACCUAAGUGGAAAAAACUGGGGGUUUAGCAGCACUGGUCACUUCAUGGAUAAUGACCGUGCAGAAUAUUAUAUUUGGCUAAAUCAAUCUAAGCUUUUCUUGGCUGAUGCUGAAAUAUACAUGGAUUCACGUGUUUCUCCCAUUUCUCUUACUUAUUAUGGAUUUUGCCUGGGAAAUGGAAAUUACACGGUGAAUCUACACUUUUCAGAGGUCAUGUUUUCUGAAGAUCAAACAUAUAACAGCUUAGGAAGGCGCAUAUUUGAUGUCUACAUUCAGGGAAAUAUGGUGCUCAAGAAUUUCAAUAUUGCAGAAGAAGCAGGUGGAGUUAAUAAAGCAGUCACAAAAUCAUUUACCAUUAUGAUUAGCAGCAACACAUUGGAAAUCCGCCUAUAUUGGGCUGGGAAAGGCACAUUUGGUAUUCCAUUUAAAUCAGUAUAUGGUCCUCUCAUAUCAGCAAUUGCUGUAAAUCCUAACUUUAUCCCUCCCUCAGAAAACGGAAGUAGAAUAUCUGCAGGUGCUGUGGUUGCAAUUGUGGCUGGUGUAGUAGUUUUUCUAGUCCUGGUAUUUGGUAUACUUAGGUGGAGAGGCUUUCUAGGACAGAAAAGUUCUUUAGCAAAAGAGCUAAAGGGGUUAAAACUGCAAAUGGGUAUAUUUACCUUACGACAAAUCAAAGCAGCAACAAAUAACUUCAACAAAGCCAACAAAAUUGGAGAAGGAGGGUUUGGUCCUGUGUACAAGGGAAAUUUAUCAGAUGGGACAAUAAUAGCAGUCAAGCAACUUUCUUCCAAAUCAAGGCAGGGGAAUCGUGAGUUUAUAAAUGAGCUUGGCAUGAUUUCAGCUUUGCAACAUCCUUGUCUUGUUAAACUUUAUGGAUGCUGUGUUGAGGGAGAUCAAUUGUUGUUGGUCUAUGAAUAUAUGGAAAACAAUAGCCUUGCUCGUGCUUUGUUUGGUCCAGAAGAACACCAAAUAAAAUUGGAUUGGCCUACAAGGCAAAACAUCUGUGUUGGUAUUGCCAAAGGUUUGGCAUACCUCCAUGAAGAAUCAAGAUUAAAAAUUGUUCAUAGGGACAUCAAGACCACUAACGUGCUGCUUGAUAAAGAUCUCAAACCUAAGAUAUCUGACUUUGGUUUAGCCAAGCUCGAUGAAGAGGACAAUACCCACAUAAGCACCCGAAUUGCUGGAACCUAUGGAUACAUGGCUCCUGAGUAUGCCAUGCAUGGUUAUUUGACUGACAAAGCAGAUGUUUAUAGUUUUGGAAUUGUGGCCUUGGAAAUUAUAAGUGGGAGGAGCAAUGUGAUUCAACGACAUAAAGAAGCAUCAUUGUAUCUUCUUGAUUGGGCAUUCAUGCUAAAAGAGAGUGGUAAUCUAAUGGAGUUAGUUGAUGGUAGAUUGGGUUUGGAAUUCAACAAAAAGGAGGUUAUUACAAUGAUCAAUGUGGCUCUUUUAUGCACCAAUGUAACUGCCUCUCUCAGGCCUACAAUGUCCUCAGUGGUAAGCAUGCUUGAAGGUAGAUCUGUGGUUCAGGAGUUGAUUUCAGAGUCAAGUGAGGCAUUGGAUGAGAAGAAGUUGGAAGUGAUGCGACAGCAUUACCAAGAGAUAGAAGAAAAUAAUCUAAGUGAGAGUAACAAUCAGAGUCUCUCAGUGGAUGACACAUUGGCUACUUCAUCUAUUUCUGCAACAGAUCUAUAUCCUGUAAACAUGAAUUCUUCAUACUGGGAGAAAAGGGGUUGGUGAGAAACCUUGAAACAGAUAAUGCUUUGGACUUGCAUGAAUUACUUUGUCAUGAGUUAGAAUGUUCUUCAUUUUAUU